AUGAAUUUAUUCAGUCGUAAAAGUGUAGCCUCGGUUAUUUUACCCUCACCAUCUUCAUCGUCACCCGAAGCAUUCGCACAAAAUUCUUCGUACGGUAAAGGAUUUUACGAACCGGGUCAAUACCACGUGGCAUUAAAACGAUGUGAAAAUGGACAUGAUUUAGCUUCACAACUAUGUGAAAUGUUUGAUGAACGAUCACAAAUUGAAAUGGCCUAUGUAAAUUCAUUAAAAACUUGGUCAAAAAAAUGGCAUGGUGAAUUAGUUAAGUCUCAAGAAUAUGGAACAAAUAAAAAAGUUUGGGAUCAAACAGUGACCACAGGUGAACAGAUGGCGGAUGUUCAUUCGACAAUGGCGUCGAACUUAAGUGACAGUAUUAUUCCAAAACUACGUCAGUGGCGCAAAGACAACUAUGAAAAAUCACUCAUUCACUACAAAAAAACAAAAGAAUUCGAAAAAGAUUUUGAUUCUGUUCAAAAAUCAUGGACAAAAUUACUGGAUAAAAUUCAAGAAUCAAAACAAUCAUAUUAUCAAGCAUGUAAAACAUUGAAACAAACUGAAAUUAAUGAACGAAAUGCUACGGAUGAUGACCAACGUCGAAAAUUAGCCGAUAAAGUGGAUGUAGCAAAACGUGAAGUUAGUUUUGCACGUACAAAAUAUGAACAAACGUUAAAAGAUAUGAUUGAUCAACGUCCACAUUAUGAACAACAAAUGGCAGAGGUAUUUCAGCGUACACAACAAUUUGAAAAGAAACGUCUUGAUUUUUUUAAAGAAACGUAUAGUGAAUACGGAAAAUCAUUGGAUAUUAAUAAUAAUCCAAUAUUAAGAAAAAUGUACGAUGAUUAUCAACAAAAUUUACAAACACAUGAUUCACAACAAGAUAUCACAUGGUGGGAUCAAAAUUAUGGAACUCAAACAAAUUGUCGUUGGCCUGAAUUUGAAGAAUAUCGAGAAGAGAAAUAA